UAUGUUAAUUGAACACCAAAAGUGUUGAGUAACAAGAUUUUAGACUUUUUCAAAUACGAAAGCGAAAAAUUUGUUUGUAAAACCAGCGUACUUCCAACGACUUCGAAAGACGACGAAUAGAGCAGCAAAGCAGGCACCACGCCACGACUGUUUACCCACGCACACGCGCUCUCGUGAAUGAAGGCGCGAACAAAUCGGUUAACAUUAGCAGCAUAAAAAAGGCCAAAUUUAAACUUUUAAUAAAAAAAAACAUAUGAAUUAAAAAUAUCAGUGAAGAGCAGACCCUUAAAGUACAGGUAAACGAGAGAGCAUACAAAAUAAACAGUCGAUGUGUAACUUUUAAAAAUUCAUCAUAAAAUAAUUUCAAAUAUUUGCAUAACUCCCCAACUAAGUAGUGUGCAAAUUACACAGCUUGAACUUUCAAAUUUACAAAUUCAUUUAAAAGUAAAGAAAAUUAGUUUAAAAAGUGCGUUCCUUAAGUUCAAAUACGUCAAAAACAGAAGUCAAGUGAAAUUUGGCAACAUAGCAAAGUGUUCGAGCGAAUGAAUGAGCGUAAAUAAAAUUGGCAGCAGCGAAAAAGCACGGCAAUCAUAGUUUUUGAAGAGCAAAAACAACGCUUCAAUAACAACAACGAACGCCUACUAUACGUAUAUAGAGCGAGUACGCGAAAAUUGGCAACAUAGCGCAGCGCAACAGCAAACAGAAAAGAGCAGCAGAAAGCCAGCAAAAGUAGAGUGUAACGCUUGAGAAUACAGUGCGAGCAACUGAACAGCCAGUAAAGUGAUUUUAUAUACCAACUAUACAAAUGUAAGAACUUAUUUACUAGAUAUUAACAACAACAACUGAAAUAACGAUGUUCAACUAUAUCAAAAAGCAAGUGAAAAUCUAGGAAGAUUGAUUAUUUCAACGUGAGCGCAAUCGUGCAGUUGUCAAAAAGGCGAGGAACCUUUGCGGUCUAGCAGAAUCAAGAGAGCUAGAAAAAAAGAGAUGAAUCUUGCAAAUCAACACCACCAAAGAAAACCAACUAAACUAAACUAAAAAAUUAGUAGCAGAGCAAAAAAAAAGAAGAUAUCCAUAAAAAGGACCUAACGAAUAAUCAUAUUAAAUUUAUACACAAAAUAAGAACAAAAACCACAACAGUUUAUAACAAAAAAAGAAGAAGAAAAACGAGACAUACAAAUACCAAUGUUCCAUAAAGCACAGCAGAUCAAGAGAGCAAGAGCACCAACAACCAGCAGCAGCAGCAGUUAAGAGAGAGUAAAAGAGUACUUAAUAAAAAAUAAAAGCAAAUUUUUAAAUGAAAUCUUAGUGCGAGCGAAAUGAGGAGCAAGUAAAAAAUAAGAUUAUAAAUUAUAUAAAAAUAUAAAUAUUGCUGUCUUUUUGCAUUUUUGCAAUUUUAUAAAAAAAUACCAGUAAUAAUAUAAAAAUAUAUUUAAAUAAAUAAACUCACAGAGGAGAAUCAACACGCGAACAUUCCUUUGUCAAGCUAAGGGCAUACACUUAACGAAAAAAAAAAUCAUUAGCAAAAUUUACUCUUUUAACUUAAACACACAAAAUCAACAACUAAAAUCAUUGAAAAAUUUUACUAAAAAAUUUUAACGAAAGAAAAAAUCAUAAAUCACAAGCUUACAUACAUACAAGCGAAGUACGAUCGUAGUUGAUCUAAAACCAAUACACCAAGCAGCAACGCAGAGCGAAAGCUACCAAAGGCACGAAAGCUCAAAGUGGCCGCUAGCGAAAGCUCAGUAGCGCGCCAUCUAACACAGUGUAAAGUCUUCUAGUCAAAACCAAAAACAGAAAAAAGCUAUUCCCCAUUUGUGUAAUCAUAGUUUUUAGCGAAAGCUUACUUAACCUAACUUACUUACUUAAUUUCCAACGGGACUUGUGCAAAGCGCAAUCAAAGCUCUUAUUAAAACCAAAUAUUUAAAUUAAAAAAAAAAUUAAAUAUAAGCGACGUUUAACCAAGCAGUGAGACUAAUUACUAAGCAAAAACAAAUCAUACAAAAACCAACAAAGCAACAAAGCGCUAAGCAGUAAAGUUAGUUAGAGAAGGAGAAGCAAAGGUAAAACAAAAGCAGAAGCAGAAGCGAGGGCCAGCUGAUCCAAGGCCAAGCAAGCAGUAAAGAAGAAGUAAAGUCAGGGAGCAAGUCCUUGACAGCGAGAGCGUGAGAGCAACAACUAGCGUUUGAGCGCACACAACGGUUUAGAGCGAUUUGUCAAAAUUACGCCCCAAAAGCAAGCCGUCACUGCUACGACACCAGCAGCAAUUAAGAAGCAACAGCAACCGCAGUCACAGCCGCAGCAACAGCAACAACAAACAACAGCAGCAGCUGCAACAACAGCAACAGCCAAAAAAAUGACCAACGCCAUGGACAUUGUGAAGAAUGGCAGCGCCAAUGGCUCUGUUGACGGCAGCUCGGAUGAGUCGCGCACCAACUUGAUUGUUAACUAUUUGCCACAAACAAUGACGCAAGAGGAGAUGCGUUCGCUCUUCUCUAGCAUUGGCGAAUUGGAGAGUUGCAAGCUAGUGCGCGACAAAGCCUCAGGUAAUUUGGUGUUGCCAGCUUCCUUGACCGCGCUCAAUCCGGCAUUACAGCAAGUUGGCCAAAGCUUGGGCUAUGGUUUUGUUAACUAUGUACGCGCCGAGGAUGCUGAGAAGGCCGUCAAUACGCUUAAUGGUUUGCGUUUGCAAAAUAAAGUGAUUAAAGUAUCAUACGCCCGUCCAAGUUCGGAAUCAAUAAAGGGUGCUAAUUUGUAUGUAUCGGGUCUUCCCAAAAAUCUAUCACAACCAGACUUGGAGGCACUAUUCGCAUCAUUUGGCAAGAUAAUUACAUCUCGUAUACUCUGUGAUAAUAUUUCUGGUCUAUCGAAAGGUGUCGGUUUUAUACGUUUCGAUCAACGCAACGAAGCCGAACGCGCUAUACAGGAGCUAAAUGGUAAAACGCCCAAGGGUUAUACCGAGCCGAUAACUGUUAAAUUUGCCAAUAAUCCCAGCAAUAGCGCCAAAGCUCAACUCCCACCACCAUUGGCCGCAUAUUUGACACCACAAGCGGCUGCCGCAACGCGUCGCCUCGCUGGCGCAUUACCAUCAGCUGGACGUAUAAGCAUUGGAAAAAGCCCGAUGUUUGCCAUUAACAAGGGUUUACAAAGAUACUCACCAUUGGCUGGUGAUCUCUUGGCCAAUUCGAUUUUGCCGGGCAACGCAAUGACCGGCUCCGGUUGGUGUAUAUUCGUCUACAACCUCGCACCCGAAACUGAGGAGAAUGUGUUGUGGCAGCUAUUCGGCCCGUUCGGCGCCGUCCAAUCGGUCAAGGUUAUACGCGAUCUACAAACGAGCAAAUGCAAGGGCUUCGGCUUUGUGACCAUGACGAAUUAUGACGAAGCGGUUGUGGCAAUACAAUCACUCAACGGUUAUACACUCGGCAACAGGGUGUUGCAAGUUAGCUUUAAGACAAAUAAAACUAAAACUGCUUAAGUGGAAGAUAACAACAAGAAAAAGAAGAACAACAAAAAUAAAAACAAAAGCGAGAACAACAGAAGUAACAAUAAAAAAGCAGCAGCGACAGGAAACACACAAAAGCAAGAACAACAAAUGGAAAAAUGAAAGCGAAAGCGCAAGCAAGUAGAACUUUUGUGUAAAGCGAAAAGUAGGAAUGAAUUGAAACCCAGCAACAAAACACCGCAGUUCAACUUAAAAGAAUGCAAAAAAAA